AUGGCGAUUCCCAUGUCCCACUCCACAACCACAGGGAGCCUCCUCCAGUCGCGGUCCGCCAAGGCGCUGCUGGGUGACUACCCCUCCGACGUGUUCCUCCGCGUGGAGAGCAAGAGGACCCUCCCCGAGCCUCUGUCCCUGACCCCGAUACUCCUGAGCCAGAUCGUCUUCCCCGAUAUCGAUGCGGAGGAAGCAUCGUCACUGGUGGAAAACUUUUUUGACCUCGUGAACCCGCAGCAUCCCAUCCUCGACAGGGACGACUUUGAGCACAUCUAUCGAGAUGUCGUGGGGAACCCCUUGCAAGCUGACCUGCGUGCUGCUUUGGUCCUGGUCGUGUUGGCUCUGGGGCGCGCAGCUGUCGACACGCCUGAUCUGACGCGAGAUGGUUGGCUACCUGGCGUGGAUAUGUUUACGCCGGCCUUGCAGGUGCUCCUUGGGACGUGGUUCAACUCGUUUGGGGAUACGAUCCUGCUCCCACAGGGAUUGUAUCUUGCAGCGCUGUACUACAGCUACCUCUCGAGACCGCUUCAGGCAUGGAGGUUGGUUCACAUGGCGUCGACGAGUAUACAACACUAUCCCAUCCGACAUAGGAGUAUGCGCCAACCCUUGGAAGAAAUGCACACUCACCAGCCCGUAACCCGUCUAUGCUGGGCCAUCUUAGUCCUCGAAUGCGACAUCAUAGCAGAACACCACCUCCCCCGAAGCGGCAUCGACCAAGUCAUCGAGAACCUCCCCUUCCCCCGCUGCGGCAACCCGCCCGACCCCGCCAUGCUCUCCUGGCUCGCAGACCUCUCCGCCCGCCGCCUGCUCAACCGCAUCCACCACGUAAUGUACGACACCGCCUCCCCGACGACAAACUCCGCCACAGCGGAUACCUUCGCAUCCGUCUCCGCGGAGCUGAGCCACCAGCUCGGCGCGUGGUACGACCUCCUCCCGUCCGCGAUCAAGCCCGACCUGCAUACCGCGAGCGGGACCGCGCUGAGUGUCGACGAGGCGAUUAUGGUGCUGAGGUAUCAUGCUGCGGGGGAUAUCAUCUUCCGCCCGUUUCUGCAUCAGGACGCUCGCGGUGAUUUUGCUGUUGACGUUGGCUUCGUUGUCGCCGGUCUUAGCGGAGACCGUGCCGGAUAUUGA